GUUACACUCAAAUCGAGAUCUUGCUGGGUGUCUCGUCUCAGACGACGGUAUGUACUUACUGCGUAGGCCGCCCUGGACAGGGAAAAACUUGCCGCGUGGGAAGAUCUUACCGGCAGAGCGCUAAUAGACAUGCAUCUCUUAGUUGUGUUCUACAUCUCGCUCCUGCAUCUUUGCUGGGUCCUUCGUCUCAUCUGGCUUUCUGGACUCACCAGUUCCCGAACAAAUUGGUGGCUUUCUGCCCUCCUGUUCAACGCCGGUCUCCUCUUCAAGGAAAGCCGCCGCCGUAACCAGGAUCUUAUAGGGCUGGGAACUGUUCAGAUCCUUGUUGUCGAUAUCACAUGGAUUUUUUGUUCGCGGCACAGAACGCUGGGAAACGCAAUUCCACCACAGAGAACUUAUAACCCGAGACGAAUGCUAGGGGUGCUGGGAUGUAAGCCGGGGACGCGCCUUGGAGCGCAUGGACGUGGGAAGAGUGCAAAUGAAUGUGUGCAGGCAUACCCAAGCGUGCCAAGGGAGGUAGUUGCCGCCUGCAUAAUCCAAGCCAAUGGGGAAAUUUCCGGCCAAGUUACAUGCCAGUUUCUGAGUCCACCUUUCCAUCCUACCGCAUCCCAGGCCUUUCCUAGGUUGUUACCCUUCUUCGAUAUCUGUGUGCAACGUUCUCUUAACUGGAUCUGGACGCAUACGCCUUGCUUGACCGCAACGUACACUAUGGCAGUGCGUCAUCGCGGGCACUAGGCGCUGCUAGGUGAUGGAGUAGCUGGCCAGGCUCUCAUCGCAUUUGGAAGCGCCUUCCUAGCGAUUUCAGCCUUUGUUUUCCUGUCGAGAACGAGUCGAUCAGGAACUCGUCGAAUAAAUGGACCCUGGUGCUGUAGACAAGCAUUUCGGUACGGGGCUUUUACGGAAGAGCUUGUCUCCGCGGGUAGGGGCAUUCAGCUAUUUAGGCAGGGGCAUUUAACUGUUAGGGUAAGGGCAUUUGGUUAGCCGUCGCUGUCACUAUUGCCA